AGAAGGGAAGGGUAGAAAGACGCCAGCAAUGACUGACACUGGGGAAAUCAUCAAAGCUCUUGGAGACUUUGGGCAAUUCCAAUGGCGGUUGGUGGUGCUGAUCACUCUAGCCACGCCAAGCCUCGCCUUUCAUAUGUUUUCCCAGUUAUUCAUGGUCUUGGAAGAGCCCCACCAUUGCAACACAAGCUGGUUCAACGCCAUCGGCUUGAACCUGACUGAAGAGGAACGGCUGAACUUGACCCUUCCCAAAAAGCCCGAUGGGACAUUUGAAGAAUGUCUCAUGUACACUCCAGUGGACUGGGCUCUCGAUGCCAUCAUACAAUAUGGGCUUAAUUCUACCGAAAAGUGUCGGCGUGGCUGGGUUUAUCCUUCAAACCAAGAGCCUUCCUUGCUCACACAGUUUGACCUGGUAUGUGACAGGGAAGAUUUAAACGACAUCUCGCAAUCUAUUUACAUGCUGGGCCUUCUCGCUGGAGCGCUGGUGUCUGGUCUGUUAAGUGAUCGGUUUGGUCGGCGGCCAAGUAUUCUGUUGUCCAUGCUCAUCGAAGGCGUGUUUGGGGUUGCUACGGCCUUUGCUCCCAAUUUCUACCUCUACAUUGCGUUCAGAUUUCUUGUGGGCGCUGCUGUUUCCGGAGUUGUGAUAAGCAGUUUAGCUUUAGCUACAGAAUGGGUUGGAAUUGUCUACCGUCCACAUACGGUGAUUAUCAGCCAUGCAGCCUUUUCCGUGGGGCAGAUGAUCCUGGCUGGCUUGGCUUAUGCCUUUCGAGACUGGAGGACACUGCAGCUUGCUGGAUCUGCCCCAGUUUUUGCCCUCUUCUUCUACCUGUGGGUCCUUCCUGAAUCUGCUCGGUGGCUGGUGACCAAAGGAAAAACAGAAGAAGCCAAGAAGCUUCUCCAGAAGGCAUCUUCUGUCAACAAACGAACCAUCCCACUGAAGCUGUUAGAUGAACUGAAACCUGAAAAGACCGUAUCUGCAGGCAUUUGGAAACUGUUUAGAAACCCCAACUUGGGGAAGGUGACUUUCAUCAUAUCAACAGUCUGGUUUGUCAACAGUUUGGCGUACUACGGGUUGAGCUUGAACGUGGGCGGUUUUGGUUUCGAUAUCUACCUGACGCAGGCUAUCUUUGGGGCUGUUGAAAUUCCAGGUCGUCUCUCCUGCAUCUUCCUGAUGCAGUGGCUAGGGAGAAAGAAAUGCCAAUCCUCCGCCUUGCUCCUGGGGGGAGCCUUUUGCCUUCUCAUCGCUGUCAUCCCAAAAGAUCUGCCUAUAAUAGUGACGGUGUUUGCCAUCAUGGGGAAGUUUAUCAUGUCUGGUUCCCUCUCCAUAUCAUAUGUGUAUUCUGCAGAGCUGUUCCCAACUAUUGUCCGGCAGACUGGAGUGGGGUUGUGCCAGACGGCAACCAGAUUGGCAGGCAUCAUUUCGCCUCUGAUCGGUCUCUUGGACAAGUACCACCCCUCUAUCCCUGUGGUGAUAUUUGGCAGUGCAGCCGUGGCUGGUGGAUUCCUUGCUUGCUUGCUUCCGGAGACGUGCGGCAAGGAACUCCCGGAUCACAUGGAUGACAUUGCACACUAUCAGAGGCCCAGCAAAAGAAUCAACGGUAGUUUGAGAAAUGCGUGUUUCAAACCAAAUGAAGACAUUAGUGAACCGACAACAAUAACUCGCCUUUAACCCAUAGUAUGGAUUGCUCCAAGGUGCCAAGAAGAAUGUGUGAAUUUCCUCCCCUCCCACUCUGAGCCCAGCAGAUAAAAAUAAUUGGUUUAAACAAUGGAUUUUUUAAAAAAAUCAUUUCUAUUAAAUUAAAAUAACUUGAUUUGAAAUAUAUAAAUGUAACAUGAGCAAACAGAUUAAAGCAUGCACUCAUGUUUAAAAGAACAUUGAUAAUCUUAGGAUAGAUCUGGUUGUGCUUGGGAGCAUUUAGGGUGCAAUUCUGUGCUCACACAUAUAUGGGAGUAAAUCCCUUUGGACUUAAUGUAGGACUUCUAGAAAACAUCAGAAUCAGCAUUGUAUCAAGACAGACCUGGAGAUGCUGGGGAUUGAACCUGGCACCUUCUGCAUACAUAGAAUCAUAGAACUGUA